AUGUUGAAAAUUACCGAUAAAGUCGCCGCACUGCGGCCAGGCGAGCCAUUCCACAGCCUCGAAUUCUUCCCCCCAAAGACAACUAUGGGGUUUGAUAACCUCGAAGCUCGCCUUAGAAGAAUGGCCUGCGCUCUUCGACCCCUCUUCGUCAAUGUCACCUGGGGCGCCGGUGGUUCAACGGCAACAAAAUCACUGCAGCUCGCUGAGCUUUGUCAACGACAACUCGAACUAACCACAUGCCUUCAUCUGACCUGUACGAACAUGUCGCAGGCCGUUAUCGAUGAGACGCUGGAAGCCGCGAAGGAAAUUGGCAUCAGGAAUAUUCUUGCGUUGCGUGGAGACCCGCCACGCAAUGAGGAAUAUUCAAACGCACCAAGCGACGCUACGGCAAACGGCACUUCAGGGAUAGAGUUUGAAUAUGCGGUUGACCUGGUCAAGUAUAUUCGUGAGAAACACGGAGACUACUUUUGCAUUGGUGUGGCGGCGUAUCCCGAGGGACACGUCGAAGGGGCUUGUCCUGAACGACAGGAUGUUGAAUUCGAUAUUCCAUUUUUAGUUGAGAAGGUCAAGGCUGGAGCAGACUUCAUUAUGACACAGCUCUUUUACGACGUCGACAAGUAUCUAUCAUUCGAGAAAUUGUUGCGAGACGAGCCCUCGGGAGUCUUCAGGGAUCUGCCCAUUAUUCCGGGGAUGAUGCCUAUUCAGAGCUUCCAGAUGCUGAAGAGAAUCACCAAGCUCAGUGGCGCAUCAAUACCUCUAGACAUCUUAACAAGGCUUGAAGACGUCAAAGGUGAUGAUGAAGGUGUCAAACGAGAAGGUGUCAACAUUGUCUCGGAAAUCAUUGAGAAAAUCAAAUCCACCGAGUCAACGCAGUUAAGAGGCUUCCAUUUCUACACAUUAAACCUCGAGAAAGCCGUUUCUUUCAUACUCGAGCGGACCAACCUAAUUCCUGCACCAGAAGAAUCGGUUUUCGAGGAGAUUGAUGGCCCAAUAACUAAUGGCAAUAAUCGUCGCGACCGAAGAUCCUCAUCCGUCACUUCGGAUCCCCAUAAUCGUGUAAUCAUUGACUCAGAUUCAGGUAUAACUGAAUCGUAUGGGCACGCCUUCGCAUCAGAAGCAGGUUUCUUAAAGCCUCCCGAGCAAAAUAGGCCACCGGAAGUAGCCCUUGCUAUCUCUGAAGGUGAAGGUUCACUCGGCCGGGAAGCAACUUGGGAUGAUUACCCUAACGGUCGUUUUGGUAACGCAAGAUCCCCUGCCUUUGGUGAAAUUGAUGGAUACGGCCCAUCACUGCAUCUCUCUCAAGCACAAGCGAUCAAGCUCUGGUCAUACCCUGUGACCACAGACGAUAUCUCUGCUCUUUUUGUCAAGCACAUAAGGGGUGAAUUGGAAGCCAUUCCAUGGAGUGAGCAGGAGCUUAGCUCUGAGAGUAAAGUUAUUCAGGAGCACCUGAUAAAGCUAAAUACAAAGGGACGAUGGACCGUUGCCUCCCAGCCUGCAGUCAAUGCAGCGAAGAGUACGGAUGAAUUGUUCGGAUGGGGUCCAAAGGGUGGAUUUGUAUUCCAGAAGGCGUUUGUCGAGUUCUUCUGUUCUCCGGACGAUUGGACAGCAUUAAAAGAAAAGCUGGACAAGCUGGAAGAGAUGUCCUAUUACGCUGCAAAUAAGAACGGGGAUUAUCAAUCCAACGUGCCCACAGGCGAAGACUCUCUACACGCAGUGACCUGGGGUGUAUUUCCAGGCAAAGAGAUCAUUACUCCAACAAUCAUAGAAGAGGUUUCUUUUAAGGCUUGGAAGGACGAAGCAUUCAGCAUCUGGAACGAAUGGGGACGAGUCUACCCCUCUCGGACAGCAUCAUCGAAGCUGAUCUCUGAAAUCACAAAAACAUAUUAUUUGGUUAACAUCAUACACCACGGAUACCUGGAACCGGAUUUUCUGUGGGAGUUUUUGGAAGCUUAG